UUAACAAUCUUUAUUUAAUUUGUUUAGUUGCUUUUAAUUAAGUAGCACAACAGAACUGUAUGAGACACUUGUUCAUAUAAUAAUGUUGAGUAUGGAAAACGGGUGCGAAAAAUUCGAAUCCAUUAAAAGUCCUGAGGUUGAUGAGGAAGAGGGAGAGAUCCUCGAAGAUGGUGAGAUAGAAGAUGCCGGCAUCACUGAGGAAGUUCCGGAUCAAGAGGAGGAACCUCAGGAAGUCGAGGAACAAAACGUAGAUGCAAAUGAUGAGGAAGAUGAGUCGGAUUCGGAUGAAAAGAAGAAACAUAAACGCCAACAUCAUAAACGUAAACGAAGAAAACAUGACGACAGAAAGUCGGAGGAAAAACGAUCAAGACAUAAGAAGCGAAAGGGUGAAGAACACAACGAUGAUGGAGAAGAAAGUCCCUCCUCCCGGAAGAAAAAAAAGAGGAAGAAGCACGGACGUAAGGAACGAGAAAGCACCUCCCCGGAGAUGGAGACUGAAACCAAACAAACUGGGUCAGAAUCCCCACCCCUGCCAUCAGAACAAAACAUGUACGCUUAUAAUUAUGAUGCUUAUGGAGAUGCUUAUUAUAACCAAGCAUCAGAAUACCAGGACCCUUCAGCAGAGUAUCCAUACACAGAGGGAUACCAGCAACAAACUGUAGAUUAUUCAUCUGGUUCGAAUUCAUACUACAGCGAUUUUGAAUCCCACCUAGCUCAGUAUCAAACUUAUAAGAAGAAUAAUGCUGAAGGGAAAAACGGGGAAAAGACUUCCGAUAAAUAUCCAAGUGAUGAAGACAAUUAUUAUAGCGGGGGUUAUAAUGAGACGAGCAGAAGGAGACGUCGUCAUAAUGAAUCGAGAUCAACACAAAGAUCUUCUAGAACUAAUUCUUCGUAUGAAGAGCGUCGAUCAAAGAGACCAAACAAAAUACGUGGAGUAACAAGUAGUGCUCAUUCAAAUAACGAAGAACGACCUGUUUGUAAAUUCUUUCGUGAAGGGCAUUGUACAAAGGGAGACAAGUGUGGCUUCAGUCACCACAAGGCAAGCCAUAGAAGUCGUCGUGAAUAUUCAAAACCAAAGAAAGUAAUGGAGUUGUGUCAAUAUUAUGCCAGUGGUGUUUGCGUGCAUGGAGACAACUGCAACUACAUGCAUGAAGAUUUCCCGUGCAAAUAUUUCCACUCUGGCACUCAAUGUUACAAUGGGGAUAGCUGUAAGUUUUCUCAUGAACCAGCAACUCCUGCUACAGAAGAAAUCAUAAAGAAGCUCCAAUCAGCAUACAGUAGUGUUGACGAUUCCGAGGAAAUCAAAGCUCUUGAAAAAGCCGGAAUCAAACCCCUUCAAAAACCCCCACCAGGAGUGGGGUUAUUACCCACACCCCCCAUAAAUAUGCUGAUACAACCCCAGGGGUCAAACCCACCCAAACAAAUGCCCCAUAUGCGCAAACAUCCGAUACCAUCGCUGUUCGAUAUAACAGUAGCACCAAGUGCAGAGUUACAACAGAGGAUAAAUAACAAUGCGGUUCCAUCGCUAAGUAUGACUGACGAUGAAUUAUCCGCUCACCAAGCUGCGUUGGGGAUCCAACUGGAACCUUUCCAUGCGGGGAAGGGCCUUCUUCCCCUCCCUAACAUGGGUAACCCGCAUGUGCCCCCUCCUAUGGUGCAGUACCCACCUCCAGGGUUACUAGGGGGACACCCUAAGGGGAUCAGGGGGUUGCAACAACCACAACAACAAGGAUCCAACGAAUGGGAAGAUAAUGAAAUGUAUGAAGAUUAUUACGAUGAGAAUCAACAAGAUGUUAAUAUGGGAGAUGAUAGCAUUCCUGACCAACAGAAACAUGAUUACAAUCACGGUGAUGUUCAUGAUAUUCACGAUAAUGAUGAGAAGACAGAUGAAGACGUGAUACGCAUGGAUGAUCAUGAUGUCAUAAAAGAACAACCCACCCAAGCCCCUUCCUUCCUACCAGCUAAACAAAAAGCUCUUUUUAUGAGAAUUCAUCAAAAACGUAAUUUAUCCACCGAGGGAAAAACUAACGAACCGUCAACAGAGGGCAGUAGUGGGUUAGGUUCCACACGAAGCACCUGGAAUUACUCAAGUGAUGAAGAUGAAAAUAAAAACUUUAGUCGCGACCCUCGUAAACCUGAUCCUUCAUCAUCAGUUCAAUCCAUCCUCGAGAUGAUUUCAAACAAGAAGAAUCAAAACUUAUCGAACAUCGAUGCAAAGUUGCUGUCCAAGGUUGCAGGGGUGAUUAACAUGACGACGUCGUCAGGUUCUACAAAAACUUCCGAUUACAUCACUUCCUCGACAACCAUGAUGUCACCACCUCGACAACCUCAUCCAAGGAAGGAGCGGAAGUCGAGCAGUGAAGCGAGUCCUCGAGCUCCAUCUUUGAGACGAAGAUUAUCAACGAGCGAACUCAACAAAGACCCAGUUACAAUCCCUCUAGUGGUGAAACAAUCCUCCGAUUCGAUGCACGCCGAACAUCCCGAUCCAAGGAUGACUUUAAGUCGACUUUUUGGGCAGAAGAGGCGAGAAUUCACCGCUCCUCUUCCAGGUUUCUACUCGGAGGAACUGAUGCUUUCCGCAUCCGGGAAGUUGCCGGGAUUAAAAAUCACGGUGUCUUCGGAUAACUCCAAGAAGAGAACUUCCGAUCCUCGUUUAAACCAACCAACAUCACGACCCAAAGCUUCCGAUCCGCGAUCAAAAGGGAAACUGAACGAUCCAAGAUUAAGGGGACGGGCACUGUCAGCGGUGAAGACCGACCCCAUCCCCCCCAAACCAAGCAUCCCGGUNCAACCAUCAGCGUUACUCAGCAAACCCCCAACCUCCGGCAUCCCAAGUCUCCCCGAACUUAACCUCGAUUUCGCGAACAUCAGCGAGAAGUCAAAAUCUCCACCACUAAAGUCGCCCAAGAGGUUGAGCCCGAUCGCUAAGAUGCCAACGUUGUCAAGAGCCUCUGUGACAUCACAGAACAAACCGCUGAGUAACGAUGAGUCAGCAGUAAUAGAGGAAUCAUCCAAGGAAGACGAAGAACCAACGAUCGCUCCGUACGAUCCAAGGUUCAUCACUGCAGGGUCAACCAAUAAAACAAGUACCGCCAGCAACCGAUCUCCGUAUGAACCUCGUGUUCUCACCAGCCAAGCCAACAUUCCCCCUUUAUUUGAUCCCCGCGCUACACCCCCCGAGUUAGUUAAACAUAUGCCUCUUCCUAAACUUACCCCGGCCCCAGGGUAUGCGGGGAAACUCCCUAAUUUAAAUGGGGUAAAAGGGGAUUUACCGUCAGGAGAACAACAAGAUUUCUAAACGGUGCUUUUUACUUUUGUUUUUCUUUUUGUUAAAUGCAGUGGUUACUUUGUUGCUGCCAGAAAUAAACGUCGUUCAAAGUUUA